CAUAGAUGUAAAGAACCAUUGUUCAUACAGACCGCAAUCCGCUGGCCUGGUUGAGAGAGCGAACCAGUCUAUAAAAAACAGAUUAAAGAAAUGUAUGGAAGAAACAAAACGACCGUGGACUCAGUGUUUAGACCUGGUUAAAAUGUACAUAAAUAUUACAAGUACAACAGGGCUAACUCCUUAUGAAACUAUGUUUGGGAGACCUUACAGGCUUCCUCAGUUCAAAAACACAUGGGAGAUCCCCGAGGAAGCCACGUUAGCUGAUUACAUGAGGAAAAUGUUGGAACGUCAAAAGAAUCUAACCAAUAACACUGAUGAUGAACCCAUUUCUCUGCAGGAAGACCCCAAAGUGGUACCGGGAGACUGGGUUUUGAUCAGGAGUAUCAAGAGGAAGAAUUGGCAUUCACCCAAGUGGGAAGGUCCCUUUUUGGUACUACUCACGACACCUAAUGCUUUAAAAAUAGCCGAACGCAACACGUGGAUUCAUUUAACUCAUUGUAAAAAAGUGAUCUCCGCAGACCCAACCUAAGUACGGAAGGUGAGCAAAGUCUGGUAAUAGUGCCUGAUUCUGGUGUCAAGAUCCAGGGUUGACACGAAAGCUAGCCGAAGAAUUCCAAGACACCAACCCGAAGCUCAGGGUGUUGACUCUGGGGAGAUCCAAAACAUGAGCAUUAGAGAGUCAUUUGGUGAGUGCUUUAAUCGGGCUGUAGCCUGCGCGAAGUCUACCAUGUGCUUUUGGUUGUUUUUGCUGGUUUGUGUUACCAUUAUAUUUUUUCGGGGGUUACUUUAUCUGGAGGGAUAGAGUACCAUGAGCCUCGCACAUUAUUCUCUCAGGCGACUGCUAACGCUAAUUCUAGUCGAUGUGGCUCAUGGGGAGAACUUGCUAGACAUAAGCGCGACACUAAAUCCCCUUUUGGUCAUGUUGUUUGUGUUCCAGGAGCCGUCCGUGUUCCAACCUGUGUACCAUGGCUUUUGUCUUGGGCUUAUAAUAACUCAUUAAUGUUUACUGUGGCUCCUAACACAUCUUCUUCUAUUAUUUUACCUUUGAAAAGUUUGAAAGGGUUUCGUAAUGGUCGCCCCACUACUGGAGAUAGAUGGCUCGGGUAUUGGUGGUAUUUAACCGGCCACCCGGUUAACACCGGCUGGGGCACCCUUGUCACCACGCAAAUGCGAGGGUAUUGGCCCUCUGGUUCCAGUGACGAGGCUGUGUUCUUUGCUAAACGGGUGACUUUGAUAAAUCGGGGCACAAGCCUCCUUUUGACUCUUACACUCCCUGACGGUCAUAUUCGUCCUCCAAAUGCCACCUUGUUUAACACUUCUUGUUGGGGUUUUCAACUGUGGGCUUGGUCCUCUGGAACCGAUCCUCGCUUUCCUAUUGCUAUUUGCCUUAAUAGAACAAUGUCGGUCGCAGACCGUCCCGUUACAAAUAAAUACACCUUGUCAGCGGGAGCAAAAAUCACAAGUACGCUCCUCACUGAUGUAGACAGCUAUUUUGUGGCCUCCACAGGGAUAAGCGGUCAUACUAACAACUGGCUUCUUAUGGCUGAGCAGGCCGCAAAGAUGGCUGGCGCUAGUUGCAUUGCAUGCAUGGGUCCCAGACCUCUUUUGAAAAUCAUACCUGCAAAUGUAGGCCCUAAGUGUGCUGUCGUUUUGAUGUUAGACUCGUCCAUUUCACCCACUCACGAUUGUUUUAGAUGGGAUACGGUUUACCCUGUUGCCCCUAUGACGAAGCACAAACCCCUUUUUUCGUCUGUUGUAGCUAAGGGUAAUUUUACAUGCAUUAGAUUGCCUGGUACCGGGGUGAAGCUCGGCGCCAUACCUGCUCCGUGGUGUGGGUCCGUGACCAAGGUCACGGCCCCUUUUUUGCCCAUUGCUCGUUGUGAUAUUUGGUUUUGGUGUAAUAGUGACAAACUUUAUGAUAGGUUGCCUUUCGACAGCGCUGGAAUUUGCGCUUUGGUGACCCUAUUGCUACCUGUUCAUUUGAUACCAAUGUCCUCUUCUGAUCUAACGUCUUUUGCUAAGUCCGUAGUGCCCAAAUUCUGGCCGAGAACGAAACGAGACGCCGAAUGGCGGGGCACAGCUAAUCCAACCUACAUCGACGCCAUUGGUGUUCCUAGGGGGGUGCCGGAUGAGUAUAAGCUGGUGAAUCAGAUAGCAGCUGGUUUUGAAUCCGCCCUGUGUUGGUGGUGUACUCUUAACAAAAAUGUUGACAGGAUUAACUACGUCCAUUACAACGUGCAGAGGCUUGGAAACUGGACCGAGGCGGGUUUCAAGGCGGUCCACUCCCAACUGGCCGCUGCUUCCCUCAUGGCUUUCCAGAAUCGAAUGGCCCUUGACAUGCUACUCUCAAGAGAGGGCGGUGUCUGCGCCAUGUUCGCUGAGACUUUCCCGUUGCUCCUAAGGGAUGACCUUUCGGUCGACGGGGGUUCCUUCUCUAUUGACGACCCGGUCAGCGAAUCUGUUGUGGUAAACUUGUCCGAUUUGUUUUCUGACCCGGGCUUUGCCGAUUGUGACUCAGUUUCCUCCCGUGUGUAAGUUGGUUCCUGCGAAAUGUGAUCCCUUGGCUGAAAAUCUUUUUGAAGUGGCCAUAUGGGUGAUGGGUUGGUCUCCGGGAACUUAUGAUAAACAGGGGGGAAUUGUUGGAUAAAUUGUAUAUAUAUGUUAUCAUGCGUUCCCUAAUGAGUACUUAUUAAUAAGUUAUUGCGCAGAAUGCUUGCUGUUUCGCCUUGCAGACGUCCACCAGUCCACAACAAGUCAUACGAUGCUGUCUGGGGCUUCCUGACCUUCUACACCUCUGGGAAUCCAAGAAAGUUGCUGAUAGCUCAAUCUACUCUGUUGAUGUCUGCACAUGACAUUCUGUCCUUGCAUUCCUUUCCCAUGGCGUCCUGUCUGUAACUACUUGUUUCACAUAGAAUACUUGUUUAUGUCCUUGCGCUCCUUUAUUUUCUCAUGAGACUAGGCCAUGCUUUCCCCCCCACCUGUUAGGGGCUGGUCUCACAUUGUAGAUAGGGCAUCCCUUAAUAAAAAGAGCGAGGGGUGUGACAGACCUUUAGUGUAUUCUGGACUGCUGUAAGUCUGGUUGCACUCCUCGCGAGAAAAGACUCAACA